CGGGAGGGCCGGGCGGUAAGCAAGAUGGCGCAGACUCAGGGCACCAAGAGGAAAGUCUGUUAUUACUACGACGGUGAUGUUGGAAAUUACUAUUAUGGACAAGGCCACCCAAUGAAGCCUCACCGAAUCCGCAUGACUCACAAUUUGCUGCUCAACUAUGGUCUCUACCGAAAAAUGGAAAUCUAUCGUCCUCACAAAGCCAAUGCUGAGAUGACCAAGUACCACAGUGAUGACUACAUUAAAUUCUUGCGUUCCAUUCGCCCAGAUAACAUGUCUGAGUACAGCAAGCAGAUGCAGAGAUUCAACGUUGGUGAGGACUGUCCAGUAUUUGAUGGCUUGUUUGAGUUCUGUCAGCUGUCUACUGGUGGCUCUGUGGCAAGUGCUGUGAAACUUAAUAAGCAGCAGACCGACAUUGCUGUGAACUGGGCUGGGGGUCUGCAUCACGCAAAGAAGUCUGAAGCAUCUGGUUUCUGUUACGUCAAUGAUAUCGUCUUGGCCAUCCUGGAACUGCUAAAGUAUCACCAGAGGGUGCUGUAUAUUGACAUUGAUAUUCACCAUGGCGAUGGUGUGGAAGAGGCUUUCUAUACCACAGACCGGGUCAUGACUGUGUCCUUUCAUAAAUAUGGAGAUUACUUCCCAGGAACUGGGGACCUACGGGAUAUUGGGGCUGGCAAAGGCAAGUACUAUGCUGUUAACUAUCCCCUCCGAGAUGGAAUUGAUGACGAGUCCUACGAAGCCAUUUUCAAGCCAGUCAUGUCCAAAGUGAUGGAGAUGUUCCAACCUAGUGCAGUAGUCUUACAGUGUGGCUCAGAUUCCCUAUCUGAAGACCGGUUAGGUUGUUUCAAUCUAACCAUUAAAGGGCAUGCCAAGUGUGUGGAGUUUGUCAAGAGUUUCAACUUGCCUAUGCUGAUGCUGGGAGGAGGUGGAUAUACCAUCCGUAAUGUUGCUCGGUGCUGGACUUAUGAAACCACUGUGGCUCUGGACACAGAGAUCCCUAAUGAGCUACCAUACAAUGACUACUUUGAAUACUUUGGACCGGACUUCAAGCUUCACAUCAGCCCUUCCAAUAUGACCAACCAGAACACUAACGAAUACCUGGAGAAAAUCAAGCAGAGGCUCUUUGAGAACUUGAGAAUGCUGCCCCAUGCGCCUGGUGUCCAAAUGCAGGCAAUACCUGAGGAUGCCAUCCCAGAGGAGAGUGGUGAUGAGGACGAAGAAGACCCUGACAAACGCAUCUCCAUCUGCUCUUCUGACAAACGAAUUGCCUGUGAGGAAGAAUUCUCCGACUCAGAUGAGGAGGGAGAAGGAGGUCGCAAGAACUCUUCUAACUUCAAAAAAGCCAAAAGAGUCAAAACAGAGGAUGAAAAAGAGAAAGAUCCAGAAGAGAAAAAAGAAGUCACCGAAGAAGAGAAGACCAAGGAGGAGAAGCCAGAAGCCAAAGGGGUCAAAGAAGAGAUCAAGCUAGCCUGAGCAUCAAGAUCUGCGACUCUGGCCUCUCCCCAAGUUCCCCACUUCUCCCCAAUCUCAGAUUUUAUAUUUUCUAUUCCUCUGUGUAUUUAUAUAAAAUAUAUUAAAUAUAAUGUC